GAAGAGGUCUAGAUUGUGGUUCUUACUGUGCUAUACGUGUCCCGAAGAUGCCUCUAUAUCCAACCUUGGAGGAUUUGAAUGCCCAUCAGAUGGUCACCGCUCAGAACCGGGCAGAUUUUGCUCCGCAGCCGAGUGCUCCCUAUCCGGUGAGCCCGAUCCAUUCAGCAGCUUCCGCUCCAGCCCUAGAUUCAUCUUACGUCCACAGCGCAACUGCGCUCUACCCUAAUUUGGAAGAUGACUACAUGGGUUUCGAUUUGAGAGCUCUCAGAGAAGCCGCUAAUCAUGUGGACUCACGCGUUGCAGCCGUGAGGGCACCGGAACACGUCGCAUUGAAUAAUGCCCACAAUUCAUCUGCUUUGAACCGGUUCGUUGCUCCAUUGUCGGGAACAUCUGUGGGAUUGAAGCGUGCUCAAGUUACACAUGGAAUCCGUGAGGUGAUCCUCUGCAAGGACGCGACUGGGAAAAUUGGCUUGAGAGCUAAGGCUGUUAGUUGCGGUGUAUUCGUGCAACUCGUGACGAAGAAUUCACCUGCUGCUCUUGCCGGGAUCCGUUUUGGCGAUCAGAUUUUGCAGAUCGAUGGAGAAACCGUUGCUGGAUACUCCAUGGAAAAAACUCACAAAAUUUUCAACAACUGCGGAGUGAACGGAAUCCGGAUUGUCAUUCGAGAUAGACCAUUCGAAAGGACUGUCACGUUGCACAAAAGCAGCGAUGGGUUUGUUGGAUUCCAGUUCAAGGAAGGGCAGAUUAUUUCGAUUGUGAAAGAAUCAUCUGCAGCCCGUAACGGACUUCUUACGGAUCAUCAUCUUUUGGAAAUUGAUGGACAAAAUGUUGUAGGCCUGAAGGACAAGGAAAUCACAAAACUCAUCCAAGAUGCCGGAAAUGUUGUCACUGUGACAGUCAUGCCCUCCUUACUCUUUGGUCACAUCAUGAAAGAAAUGGCAUUCAGCUUGGUCAAGUCGUCCAUGGAUCACGGUGUUCGAGAUUUCUGAACCACAACGUGCAUUCCUUUCCCAACGGCGCUCAUCGCAUGUGCUACGAUAUCUACGAUUCAUUCUCAGACCAAUGCUUGCUGAUUUUUAUUUCAUUUUCUGCUGGUCUAGGGUUACGGUUUUUCCAUUCUUUUGGCAUUAUUGUUUUGCCCAGAUGCCAUGUUAAUAUUCGCGGAUACUGGUGUCAGCAGAUCGACAUGGAGUGCAUUUGAAUCAUUUCGCUGCAAUCGUGCGAAGCAUGUUUGAAUAUGAAUGGAAUUGUGGCCGUUUUGUUGUGAUUGAUAUGACGUGAAGAAGCUUUUGCGUUGUAACGAAGUUUUUGUAAAUUUUCAGAUUCAACGGAUUUAGAUGUGCCUUUUUCGGAAUACAGUAGUUGAUGUUACGUGUCGGACUCCACCAUCAAAGAGGCAAAAAAAAAUCUUGAAAUUCUGUAUUUUCGCUGUUCAGUUUGUCUCUCCCAUGUUUGACGCUGUGGUGCUGAAGUUUUCAUGGUUCAUGGUGUUCUCGGUAGAACUAGUUCUGUGGUGGAGAACCUGGAUGCUGAAACUUGAGGUCAAUGCCCAUUUUUCUUCAGCUGGAUUUCCAAACAGCCUAGCAACCUUUUUUGAUCCUAAUUCCUCAUCGUGUCUGGUUUUUGAGGUGACAUAUGCUCUUAAGAUGCAUUAAAGCGAGGCCAUCAUUCAUUUCAUGCAAUAUUUGUUCUGAAUGGCUGUGGUGGGAUCAUCGGAUGAUGGCAAUUGCAUGAGGUUCCCUUGUGUUUAUAAACGUGCAACUUCCUAUCGUUCGGUAUGCAACUUGAUUUAUGUCAAGUCUUUCAGGGUCUAUCACCUCCUCCAAGUUUUGACACGUGUAUUGUCGAAUAUGAUCAGGGAACUACGCAAUGGUGUAUUUCUUCGCUAAACGUGAAACCACCGACGAUUUCUUGACGUUGAUCAGCAUGUUUUUUUGAUGCAUUUGCUCGGCGAACUGCUGGUAUUUCCGUGAAACAUGGUCCGAUUUCUCGAAAUGUGUCAUUCCUUUUCUGGUUAGUUGCCCGCAGAAUGUGAAGACGGAUGUAUGAGCGGUGGACUGUCCUAGGGAUGUAAAUAAAAUCGGUAUAAUUUGA